AUGGCUCUGAAGUCUGUGAACCCCGAGCUGAAAGUGCACCUUGCAGUGGGAGGUUAUUCCAUGGGAACCUGGCCAUUUGAAAGCAUCACAGCCUCAAUGAGCAACAUGGAGACGUUUGCUGGGAACGCCGCCUCUUUUCUACGUACUCAUGGCUUUGACGGCCUGGAUUUGGAUUGGGAGUUUCCAGGCGCUUCCUUCAGAAGCCAGUUUUCCCAGCUGUGUGAAGCUCUGUUCCAGCACUUUAGUGUAGAAGCUCAGGCAUCUGGCAAGCCCCGCCUGCUCUUGACCGCUGCUGUGUCCGGUUACAAGACAGAGAUAGAGGCAUCAUAUGAGCCACAGAUCAUUCAACACUGGACUGGAGCUCUUGUGCCACUGUUUGCCCUCAGGUACUUGGACCACGUGUAUGUGAUGGCCUACGACUACUAUGGCUCUUGGUCGCUCACACUGGGACAUCAGAGUCCUCUGUACGUGAGAGACGAAGACCGACACGACCCCACGGAAUCUCUGCUUUCUCAGAAUGCUUCCAUGACCUGGUGGCACGAGCUGGGUGUACCCAAGAAUAAACUGGUGAUGGGAGCUGCCACCUACGGGCGGACCUUCCGGAUGUCGGCUGCUGACCAGUGGCAUGUUGGAGACCAGUCUCUUGGAGGUGGCGAUGUGGGACCAUACAGUGCUACACCGGGAUUCCUGGCGUACUAUGAGAUUUGUGACAUGAUCAUGAGCGGCACCUUGAACAGAGUGUGGAUGGACGAUUCCAGAGUACCUUUUGCCUACGGUCAACGCAACUCGCACUGGGAAUGGCUUGCCUACGACGAUGUACAGAGCAUGACUGAGAAGGCUGCGUACAUCGUAGCUGAAGGUUUGGCCGGUGCCAUGUUCUGGACUGUGGACUUUGACGACUUUGCAGACCAAGUGUGUGGGGAAGGUCCCUACCCUCUGAUCCAAGCUAUGAAGGCGGGCCUGUGGAGUCCUGGAAGUCAGCCGCUGACCUUGAGCCCAGCUAACGCGAGCUUGCCAUCUCCUCAAUCACCCACAUGGUCGCCAUCUUCUACGUCCAGUAGCACGGACAUCAUGAGUGGCGGGCACAGCUCAACGGCCACCCCGGGUGUCCAUCAUAAUGAAAGCCAUCACGUGAUCGCCUGCUACUUUACCAACUGGGCCCAAUACAGACCUGGUUUAGGCCUAUACUCAGUGGCUAACAUUGACCCCUACCUUUGUACGGACAUUGUGUACGCUUUUGCCUACAUCGACACAGCCAGUCUGACCCUGACAACCGUAGAGUGGAAUGAUGCAGGUAGGUGUCUUACGUAUUAG